CAGAAACCGAAGAGCCUCGUUGGCAAAGUUGCAACCUUUUUGUGUAUAAAACGGGCACGAUCGAGUUGGUAUUUGGAACGAUUCAGUCAAAGUUACCAUCUUCGAGACUGAAACGAUGAAUAACGGAGAAGGUUGGAGUUCCGGUGGCCGUCGGGGUCCUAGGGGCCGCUCUAACUCCAAGGAGACUUGGCAAAUAGUAAACCGUCCAAAAAGCGAAAGUCCGGUUACGGUUGAUAGGUCUUUGGAUGAAUCUUCUGGUAAUAGGAGCAGUAGGGGGUCUCGAGGGCGAGGAAGAUGUAGAACUGUGCAAGUGUACGUUGAGAAGUCGUCCCAAGUUUCCAAUGUGGGAAAGGCAGCUCAAGAAGAAGUAAAGUCCCAAGAGGAUGGCUUAGGUUCUACCAAGCAACCUGAUGAAGGUGCAGCUUUCAAGUGUUCUGGAGAUAACAGUGAUCUUUUGCAACCAUCUGCUUCACCUGUCUCUAGAGAAUGUGAGGGUAGAAUGUCUUUUGGUCUAGCGAAUAGGAUGGAAGAUGUUUCGCUCUGUGGCCAGGUGUCUAUGUCUUCUACAAGUGAUAAGAAGGUUGAGGAUCGUGAUAGUGCUCAUAAGUCUGGUGAUGUAGGGAACGCUUGGAAUGAAAGCAACACUAGAGUUUUUGAUAUCUGCCUCGAGAAGAAGGUGUUUUGUCUAAAAUCCUCCAUCUUGGAACUUAACAGAGAAAAGAGGAGAGCAACCAAGGGGUACCCUGGGAUUGUUAUUAGACCUGGGAUGGUCCUUCUCAAGAACUACUUGUCAAUCAACGAUCAGGUGAUGAUUGUGAACAAAUGCCGGGAGCUCGGUUUGGGUGAAGGAGGCUUCUAUCAACCAGGUUAUGGAGAUGGAGCAUUAUUGCAUUUGAAGAUGAUGUGCCUGGGGAGAAACUGGGACCCUCAAACAUCUCGAUAUGGAGAUACUCGACCACAUGACGGUUCUGUCCCACCUAAAAUUCCUUUUGAGUUCAAUCAGUUUGUUCAGAAAGCAAUCCAAGAUUCACAGUCCCUUGUCGCUACAAGCUCAAAGAAGACGAAAGGAGAAGAUGAGAUACCAUGUAUGUCACCAGACAUCUGUAUUGCUAACUUCUACACAUCCACUGGGAGACUUGGUCUACAUAAGGACAAAGAUGAGAGUGCAAAUUCCAUUCAGAAGGGCUUACCUGUUGUAUCAUUUUCAAUUGGAGAUUCAGCCGAGUUCGUGUAUGGUGAUCAGAGGGAUUAUGACAAGGCAGAGAUGGAAGUCUUGGAAUCUGGAGAUGUUCUACUCUUUGGUGGCAAGUCCAGAAAUAUCUUUCAUGGCGUCAGAUCAAUUCUCAAAGAUACUGCUCCUAAGGUUCUUGUCCAGGAAACAAACCUCCGACCAGGUCGUCUGAAUUUGACUUUUAGGCAGUAUUAACCCCCACAAAGCUAGAAAACUCUUGUGUGCAUCUUGAAGCUGUUUUGGAGUGUCUGAACUUGUUAUGUUUCUAUUUUCGGUUAUAUCACAGUGUCUUGGCAAUAUAACUAUCAAGUAUCUAUUAUCACAGUGUCUUUUAUAUACAAUGAAUUAGUGCACACAAUGUUUACAGCUUAGGUUCUAGUUCAA